GUUUUUGACUUUUAGGAGGCAUGGAGACAGUACCUAGGCUAGUAUACGUAGAGACAGCGUUAAGGCUACGGUACCUACCGGUAGAUACCUUCAGGCUCCCGCUAUCAUAUACCUGGGUACCAGGUGGUACCAGGCUUGCAUAUGGCAUUGCACGGUAGAUGAUCGAUUUGUUCUGCAUGAGGUCGAGAUCCUGAAGGCUGAAUCUGAGCAGCAUCCUGUCCAAAGUCCUCAAACUUCUAGAUCCCUUUUCGGAUCAACAUCACCGUUCGCCUGAUACCGGUAACUGAGCAGCAUGGCGUUCCUGAAGCAGAUUCUGCCCGCUUUGCGCCAGGCGGUUCCUCCGCUGCAGCGCUCUAUGUCAUCUGCGGCUGACCAGAAGAGGAAGGUGGCAAUCCUUGGAGCAGGAGGCGGCAUUGGGCAACCCUUAGGGCUGCUCAUGAAGUUGAAUCCUGCUGUUGGCAAAUUGGCGCUGUACGAUGUUGCGGGGACUGCGGGGGUAGCUGCUGACAUCAGCCACAUUAACACCACUGCAGAGACCACCGGCCACACUGGGCCUGAGGAGCUGGAGGCCGCCCUGACUGGUGCGGAUGUGAUCAUCAUCCCGGCGGGCGUGCCGCGCAAGCCCGGCAUGACGCGUGACGACCUGUUCAACAUCAAUGCGGGAAUUGUCAAGACCCUGGCCGAGGCAAUUGCCAAGUACAGCCCCUCUGCCAUGGUGACGGUCAUCAGCAACCCGGUCAAUUCCACAGUUCCCAUUGCUGCGGAGACGUUCAAGAAGGCCGGCACCUUCGAUCCCAAGCGACUGUUUGGCGUGACCACUUUGGACGUUGUGCGGGCAAGGACGUUCCUGGCAGCAAAGAAGGGCUUGGAUGUGCAAUCGGUUGAUGUCCCUGUGGUUGGUGGCCAUGCUGGGGUCACCAUCUUGCCCCUCUUCUCACAGGCUACCCCGAGCGUCACUCUGACUGAUGAGGAGCUGGAGGCCCUGACGAAGCGGACCCAGGAUGGUGGCACGGAGGUCGUGCAGGCCAAGGCGGGCAAGGGCUCGGCAACGUUGUCAAUGGCCUAUGCUGGCGCCUUGUUCGCUGACGCCGUCCUGAAGGGCCUCAAUGGCGCCACCGACCAAGUGCAGUGUGCGUACGUGGAGUCCAGCGUGGUCCCAGGCCUGCAGUACUUCUCUUCAAAGGUGCGGCUGGGCCCGUCUGGUGCAGAGGAGGUUAUGGGCCUGGGCACGCUCAGUGCAUAUGAGCAGAAGGGGCUGGAGGCUUUGAAGGCCGAGCUCAAGGCUAGCAUCGACAAGGGAGUCAGCUUUGCAAAUCAGUAGACGGGUCAAACCAAAGAUGGAGGCAAUAAGAAGAUUAUGGUCGGGUCUGAUGUGGUCCAGACAUCGGAAGCUUUGCAGUGAUUUUGCAGGUUCGUAACGCAUGCAUUGGAAAUGGAAGUAUUGAAAAGCUCUUGAGUCCUGCUUCUGCAUCUGAUGAUUGGAUUGUCCUGAACCUCGGGACUACUUGUUCGACCAUCUCGAUCAGGAGUGGAUUCUCGUUCAAAUCAACUGGAGUUCCUCUAACAUGUUCACGGCCUUGAGGACACAGACGG